AUGAUGGAAUAUGAAGAUGUCUUGACUAACCAGCCCGUGGUUAUUGACAAUGGUUCAGGAGUCAUUAAGGCUGGUUUUGCUGGUGAUGAUCUCCCAAAGUGUUUUUUCCCAUCUUACGUUGGCAGACCAAAGCAUGUACGAAUUAUGGCGGGCGCUGUCGAAGGAGAAGUUUUUAUUGGUCGAAAAGCCCAUGACUUAAGAGGACUUCUUAAGAUAAAGUACCCGAUUGAACAUGGAAUUGUAUCUGAUUGGGAUGACAUGGAACGUAUAUGGAAAUAUAUUUAUGAAGAAGAAUUAAAGACUGCUUCAGAAGAACAUCCAGUUCUUUUGACCGAAGCACCACUCAAUCCAAGAAAUAAUAGAGAACUUGCGGCACAGAUGUUUUUUGAAACAUUUAAUGUUCCAGCUUUGUUUACAUCAAUUCAAGCCGUUCUGAGUCUGUAUUCAUCAGGUCGAACUACUGGUAUUGUUCUCGAUUCUGGUGAUGGAGUAACUCAUGCUGUUCCUGUUUAUGAAGGAGAUGUUACAGAAUAUUUACAAUUACUUCUUCGUAAAGCCGGUUAUAAUUUUCAUACCACCGCUGAAAAAGAAGUUGUCCGUCAUAUUAAGGAAAAAUGUUGUUAUGUCGCUGUAAAUCCGACAAAAGAAGAAAAAGAAAUUAAUGGAAAAGUUGAAGAAUUCCUCUUACCUGAUGGAAAUGUCGUCAAGUUGGGUACUGAAAGAUUCAAAGCACCGGAAAUUUUAUUUAAUCCAGAAUUAAUUGGACAAGAAUAUGCCGGAAUUCACCAAGUAGUAGUUGAUUCUAUUUACCGUGCUGAUCUUGAUUUAAGAAAAUCGCUGUUUGCCAACGUUGUAUUGUCAGGCGGUUCAACACUUUAUAAAGACUUUGGUACAAGAUUAUUAAAUGAAGUGAGAAAAUUAGCCGUCAAAGAUAUUAAGAUCAAAAUUUAUGCACCACCAGAAAGAAAAUACAGUACUUGGAUCGGUGGAUCUAUAUUGGCUUCAUUGAAUACAUUUAAGAAGAUUUGGGUUUCUGCAGAAGAUUAUCAAGAAGAUCCGGAUAUCAUUCAUAAAAGAACUUUCUAA